AUGGCAAACUCAAGAAGCGAAAAGGAUGAAUUAGAAGAAGAAAAUGUGAUACUCACAUUGGUUCCAAUAAGCGAGGAACAUAAUGAACAUCAAAUGGAACCAAGUGUUUCUUCAACCUCAGACAGCAAACUGACAGCGCCUGGGACAAGCGAUAAAGUUAAUCUUCCUCAAAUGAAUGAACAAUUCAAAGAUUGCCCAAAACCAAUCCUUCCCUUGCCGACCAAUUUGCCAUCAUUUAAUAAAGUGCGUCACGACACUUUGCGGAACUGGUGCCAACAAUUGAAUUUGAGUACCGAUGGUAGGAAAAUAGAGGUUUAUCUGAGGCUCAGCGAACACGCUUAUUUUGAAAAAAAGCAAAAUGUUGCUGAAACACCAGAGGAGGCCACAUUGCAGUCAUGUUCGGGGAAACUGACCAAGAGAUCAAGGAUGGCCAAUACAGUUGAAGUGGCCAGUACAGUUGAAGUGACCAAUACAGUGGAAGUGAUAACUUCAGCUCGUGAGGCCAUGCUGGCAGCAUGGUCAAGAAUUGCUGCAAGAGGCUCGCUACCUAAGUCUGCGAAUUCAUACAGCAUUCCUAUUUCUGUUGAGAAUUUUCUGCUGCAAACAUCUGGUGUCAGGUGGUGUGUGGUCCAUGGCAGACAUCUCUUGGCAGACAAAAAGGGUUGGGUUCGCCUGCAGUUCCACGCAGGUCAGACCUGGGUGCCUGACACUCCCACGAAGAUGAUUUCUCUCUUACUUUUACCGGCCUGUACUUUCCCAUCCCCAGACCUAGAAGAUAACAUGUUAUGCCCUGACUGUGUUAAGAGGAAUAAAAGGAUGGUGGAGAAAUUAGCUAAAAUGAGGAAGAGAAAAAGUAACCUGGUUUGA